AUGUCCGACCGCGAUAGCGACAUCGAGAAGGCGGAACUCCCUGUUAGACGUUCCACCGACAAUGACACCUCAAGUUCGGCCUCAGAUAUAUCAGACUUGGAGAAGGCCGACACCGUGCCUGACCCAAUCCCUACCAGCCGAGUCACACCCACCGCUACUGCUCAGCAAUCAGGAAUAUGGAGGUCUCGAUCGCAGGCCACCGAUGGAUUCGGCACUUACAACCUAGAAGAGGAUGAUGACCAGUUAGACAGCAUUUUGGCCGUUCAGCGGACUCCAACAGAUGCAUACGAGGUGCGGUGGGAUGGGAAAGAUGACAAGCUGUUUCCUCGGAAUUUCAGCAUUGCCCGGAAGUGGCUUAUUGUGUCCAUUGUCUCCCUCUCCUCUUUUCUAGUAACCUGCACGUCUUCCCUAUAUUCUGUCACCUACGACCAGAUCAUGGAUGAAUUCCAUAUUUCAAGAGAGGUUGCUACGCUGGGACUUUCCACGUUUGUGCUCGGCUUAGCCGUAGGCCCCAUGAUGCUGGCUCCGCUAAGUGAGUUCUACGGCCGGCGACCCAUCUAUCUUGCCUCAAUGAGCAUGUUUGUGAUAUGGCUUGUUCCCGAAGCGGUUGCUCAGAACAUCGGCACCAUUCUGGUGAGUCGAUUUUUCGAUGGGCUGGCUGGCAGUGCAUUUCUCGCUGUCGCCGCCGGUACAGUCGUGGACAUGUUCGACUCGAGACAGAUUGCUUUUCCUAUGAUGAUCUAUACUGCCUCCCCCUUCCUUGGGCCUGCAGCUGGCCCGAUCAUCGGGGGUUUCAUCAAUGAGUAUACUUCAUGGCGGUGGUCAUUCUACGUCCUUCUGAUCUGGAGCGGGGUUCUCUUUGUCACAGUGAUUCUUUUUGUGCCGGAGACAUUUCACAAAAUUCUGCUCAAGAAGAAGGCGCAACGGAAACGAAAGGAGACGGGGAAUGACCGCUGGUGGGCCUCGGCGGAGCUUGACGAGAGCUCCGUCGUUCUCAGGAUCAUCCGUGCUUGCUACACACCAGUCCUGUUGCUUGCACUGGAACCAAUGUGCCUAAUGCUCUGCCUCUAUUCGGCCAUCCUCCUAGGUAUCGUCUACCUGUUGUUCGGCGCAAUUCCUCUCAUCUUCCGGACGAAUCACGGCUUUGAGCUCUACCAGAACGGACUAGCUUUCCUAGGGAUCGGAAUUGGUAUGCUCGCCGGCGUCGUAACCAAUCCCUACUGGGACAAGAACUAUCAACGUCUUGUAAAAGGUUACGAGGAAAAGAUGGGUCAGAAAGAUAUUCAGCCCGAGCCAGAAUUUCGAUUACCCCCUGCCAUGGCUGGCGCUAUACUUGUCCCAAUUGGCCUUUUCUGGUUCGGAUGGACGACAUAUGCAAGUGUGCACUGGAUCGUCCCAAUAAUUGCAACUGCUUUUUUCGGUGCUGGUGUCUUCCUUGCUUUCACCGGCAUAUUAACCUUCCUGGUGGACGCAUACGCCGACUACGCUGCGAGUGCUGUUGGGGCCAACGUACUUGUGCGGUUAGCAUUCGCUGCAGGAUUCCCGCUGUUUGGAGUCCAAAUGUAUGAAGUUCUCGGCUAUCAAUGGGCAUCCUCUCUACUGGGGUUUCUCGGGCUUGCCUGCCUGCCGCUCCCGUUUCUUUUCUUUAAGUACGGUCGACGAAUUCGGGCCAGAAGCAGAUUUCAGGUCAAAACUUGA